CAAAUAAGCUUUCAGGACUGAACUUGUAGCGGCCACCACUGCGAUUCAGACGUAAGAAAGGGCUCUUGGUUUUAGUUAAACCUGUCAGAUCCUGUCAUGGCUGUUACUGCAGUCCUUCUGCUGAGCAGUCUUGGCUUUUUUGGCAAUUACUGCUCAAGCUCAAAACUGUUCCAGUCCUCCUAAAGGAGAAAAUAUGGAUUUAAAGGACAGUGACAUUUUUCUAACUAGUUUCCCAGAUGGGACCACAGUUAGAUUUGCCUGUAAUAUUGGAUAUGUGUCUGCAGGAAGGUCCCCAAGUGUUACUUGUACUGCUGGAAGUUGGAGCCCUCUGGGGUUGAAAUGCCAAAGGUACAACUGUGGCCUUGCGGGGGAAGUUGAAAAUGGACAGAUUGAAUAUCGUCCUGGGACUGAAUUUGGUGAUAAAGCAGUGCUCAUUUGUAACAUUGGUCAUAUACCAAUUGGUGGAGGAGAACUCACUUGUAGAAGCCAUGGGUGGGUGGGCAGGUUUCCUGUAUGUGAAGUGCCAUAUUGUCAAUCACCGCCUGUAGUACAGGAUGGCUCUUUCAGUCCAAAUAAAGAACUCUAUGAAUAUAAUGAAGUUAUACAGUACACCUGUAAAAAGGAUUAUACACUUGUUGGAUCAAGACAGUUGCAUUGUUCGGAUGAUGGAACAUUCAAGCCUGAGCCUCCAAAAUGUAUCAAGGUUGAAUGUGGAGAUCCAGAGAUUCCAUUUGGACAGUGGAGUAACGGUGCUUGACCUCCGUAUGGAUACUUGUCUAAUGUGACAUUACAGUGUAACGCUGGAUACACAAUGAAUGGAUCCGCUACUGUGAUGUGUGAGCUAAAUGGUCAGUGGUCACCUGGACUUCCUCUGUGUAUUCGUAAGUCAUAAAUCAUAAUAAUUAUUUGUAAGUGCUGAGCUCAAGCACGAUCUCUUUGCUCUAAGUGCAACUUCAACCCCAAUUCUGAGCCUAAGUCCUCUUGCUGCAUAUUUAUGAAAAGUGCAAAAAAGGCAGGUAAAUGAAGACUAAGGGGUCCUGGCCAGUGAUUUUCAGCAAAAAGUGGAGAGUAUUGCUGAAUGGCAUUUUACCUCUACUAUGAGCAUGGAAAUAUGAAUGGAUCUUGGCAGCUAAUAUUUGAUUUCUUGCAUCAUUAGACUUCAGUAAUGUAAAGACACUUAUUGAAUUACAGCAUUAAAUUAAAGAACUAACAACAGAAGAUUUUUACCAUAUUGACAUAGAUCAUUACUCAGCAUUUUUUUUAACAAUUUCAUUUCUAAUCAGUAACAUAUAUAAAGCCAAUAUUAUGCAUGAACUGUUCCUGCUGGAAAAUCUGAUUCAACUUUUCCAUUUAAGAAACCUAUACCUUGGCUUUGGGUAAAUGACUACAUAAAUCACUAGGGACGCACUGAUCUAAUCAGUGGAUAUUAGUUUAACUGACAGAAUAUACAGCUACUCUGUGUCAGAUCUCAACUGGAAAAAGCUGGAUAAGUGUUUCUCUGCUGAGUGCAUGUCCAGUGCUAGCUUUGAAUUAAAAAGCUGUUUUUCUCACUGUAGGGACGACACCAGGGACCAUUCUUUUUAUUUAUAAGCAAACAUCAGGUUUGGCUUAAACAUUGCUUUCAAAGCAGAAAUUAUGUGGUCAAAGCUGCUCCAAGACUCUAAGUACAGUAACUAACUAAACUAAGUGAAAUAAUACAGCAUAUUACAAGGUUAUAAAACAUAACAAAAUUGCUCUAAUAAAUACAAAUAGCUCUAAUUAUAAUUAUCUCAGUAUAUUACACAAAAUUAAAUAUGUAUAGCAGAAAUUGACGUGCCUCUCUAAUCAUAUCAUUUCAUUUUCUCUGUAGAUGAUUUGGUAUUAAGGGUGUGCAAUUACUACAAUGUGUACGUGUAUUUAAUAUGUAUUUUUAAAUUCCAACUUUGCCUUUAUAGUCUCAAUUGGACCAGUUUCCUGGUAAUGAUAGAUAAGGUCAUUUUGGAUAACUGUAUUGAUAUCCAGUUUCCUUUUUGUUUCCCACAAGUUGAAUAUGAAGAGUCCAAAUGAUGAAUAGAAUGAGGAUUUUUAACCUCUGAAGAGAUACUUGUCGUCAGCAACGUUAAAGUGUGAACCUGGAUACAUAAUCAAUGCAAACCUUACCGUGACAUAAAAACGUUACUGGUCACCUGGACUUCCUUAAUGUAUACACAUGUUAUGAAUUAAAAUUGCUUAAGUAUAUGUAGCUUCACUUCUCAAUUGUUGUUAAAAUUUGUAUUAAAUACCUCAGGAGGUUGCUAGCAUAAUAUAGAGAUAAUUUUGGACAAUUCUAGUAAUUUCCAUUCUGUGAAUGUGAAGAUCCUGUGAUUUGAUAUGACUGAAUAAUGGUCUCCUGUCUGUGGUUUUAUUUCAGGGAAGAUCUGGAUAAGUUAAGAAAGGCCCGUGUACCCAGAUAUACGAUAUGAUAUAAAUGGUUUGGCUACGUGGAGUGUCACAAAAGUCAUCAUAUUUUGUUUUAGUUUGAUUUCCCAUUGCUGCAUGUGAAUGAUCAUACAAUGUUCACUUUUUUGUUUAGAAAACACUAUUUGAUAAACAGUUUCCACAAGUUUUUGAACAUUUCUUUUUGCUUAUAAUAACCUGGUUUCAUGUUAAUAUGAAAUCACUCUUUUUUUAAGUCUCAGUUUUAAACUUCAGUAUAAAUACAUUAAAUAAAUUUGAAUCUCUGCGUGCUUGCCAAGUAAUUGUGAACAGGGGCCAUGUGGAGGUCAUACAAAAAUGACCUGACAUGUGAAGGACACAUUUAAAGUAUUAAGUUAAUUUGUAAGGAGGUAUUAAGUUAAUUUGUAAGGAGGU